CAGAAUCUGUAGAAUGGUCAAGUUUGGCGGUUAAGUACAGUCGGAUUUGUCGGUAACCAGUCUGCUGUUUUGAGCGGUUCUUUUGACUCCUUUUUCCUCUGUCAGUAUACCACGGUAAAAGCAGUAUACCAAGGUUCGCCUCCGGCACGCUCACUCACCUCUCUCUCUACUCUGCAGACGCGUUUUGACAGACUGACUCUGGACUCUGGUCGACGAGCGUGCUCAUGAUCGGCACUGAAUCCGAGUUUCGAAUGAACGAAGCGCCGUGUUAAAAUGAUGGUAAAAUGAUGUUAUGUCGCUCCACGGACGGAGCAGUGCGCACACACAUGCAAGCAGCUGGAGCAGCAGACAGUUGAGUUGUCCCAGCCAGUGCCCUGCUUCUUCUCUCCAAGAAGGCUGCUGCUGUUAAGCCGCUGAGAUGCCUCCAAAGCUGGACUGGAAAGAGCUGAUGGCGGUCGAACCCUCCGCACUGGUGGGACAGGACAGCAGGGCCGAUGACCUCUUCCUGCUGCUCUCACAGGUUGAACCAAAGGUGCUGAAAGAUCAUAACGCAGAAAAAUUAAUCCACCUUUUCAGAAUUACUCAGACCAUCAUGAAGAUGAAAGCAGAUGAAGUGAACUGUGCUUAUGAAAUCAUUGACAAAGCUGGCACAGAGCAAGCAAGAAUAGAAAACCAACUACAAACCAAAAUAUACAAGCUGGAGAAUGAGCUUGAGGUGGCCCAGCAUUCGACCGGAGGCCGAGAUACCCGCUUCCUUCGUGAUGAAAUUCGCCAACUGGAGAGUCAGUUAGAGCGCAAGGAAAAGGAACUUGGACAGAUGGAGAAAGAAAUGAACAAGGAAAAGAAAAUGAAUGAGGAACUGUCUGUGCGAGUCGAAGAAGCAGAGGAUGAAAACAGAAAACUUAAAAGAGAGAAUGAGCAGCUCCAUCAAGACGUCACAUUUUACAGGAAAGAACUUGAACAGAAAGAGGCUCUUUCAUGGAGGGAGGAAAGCACUGAAACCCAGAGGAGACUGAACUCUGCCAACCGGCAGCUGUACCAGUGUAUGGAAGACUUACAGCGUGCAGAGGAUGAGAUUACUCACCUGAAAGGCCAAAAUGAGCAAAUGCAGAAAAGUCUUGAGGAGUCUGUAAAGGAAAUGGAGAAGAUGACAGAUGAAUACAACAAGAUGAAAAUUAUGGUGCAGGAGACCGACAUUGCCAUGGACCAGCUGAGAAAGGAGAGGGACCACUCCAUGCUCCAAGUGAGGGAGCUCACAGAGCAGCUCCGAAGCAGGGCUGAGGAGGACGAUCCAGUGAUGGCCGCUGUCAGUGCCAAGGUGGAGGAAUGGAAGAGAAUAUUGUCAGAAAAGGAUGAUGAAAUCAUUGAGUAUCAGCAUCUGAUAAGAGACCUCAAAGAGAAGCUCCGAACGCUCCAGAUGGACUCCAGCAAAGGCAAUGUCAUGGCACUUCAGCAGGCUGUGCAAGAACGAGACGCUCAGAUCAAGAUGCUGACUGAACAAGUUGAACAAUGUACAGGCGAGAUGGAAAGAAAUGCAGUCCUAAUUGAGGAGCUCAAGAAGCCCCUGAACAAAGCUGGAGGCCUCUCCUCAGUGGUUCAGCAGAAGAAGAUGGAAGAACUGAAGUCAAAGUUGGAGACCACAGAGCGACGGGUUGCAGAGGCUGAAAGGACUGCUGACCUGGCUGAGUCUGAUGCCAGAGAGAAGGACAAAGAGCUCAGCGAAGUUCUUGCUCGCUUGAGAGUUUAUGAGUCUGGCACAGAUGGGUUAGAGGCUGCAGUAGCUGAGAUCAAAGAAUACAAAAACCAGUUGAAAAGAAGGGACCGUGAAGCUGAGGACAUGACUAAGGAAAUCAAUGAGCUUGAAAUGAAAAUCAGUGAUCUGCUGGAUGAGAAUGAAGACCUGAGAGAGCGAUUAGGACUACACCCAAAAGAAGUUGAUUUGACUGAAUUUCGUAGAAGUAAAGCUUUAAAACAACGACAGUACAGGGCAGAAAACCAGAUUCUUCUGAAGGAGAUUGAAAGAUUAGAAGAAGAGAGACUUGAAUUGAAAAAGCAACUCAGAAAACUUGCGAAGGAGAAAGGGCCUUUACUAGGUAAUUUGGUGUCUGACGACGAUGAUGAUAAAUUCACCAGGAAACCUACUCCUCAUUCAGUUAAGGAAGAGGAGAUGAAACGGAAGAAUGAACAACUCCAGAAAGAACUUAAUAUUAAAGAAAGAGAGCUGGAACUCCAAAGAACAGAACUGUCAAAAUUUAAGGCGAAAUUAAACGAAAUGUCAAUGGAAAAUAAACAUCUGGAGCAAGGAAUGAAAGAAAUUCUUCAUGCAAUACAAGAUUCCCAGAAGAAGGUGCAGUCUCCAGUUGGUGUCAGUAUCCCAACUAUCGAGCGACUUGUCAGCGCCAUUGAAAUGAGGAACUCAGAUGGGAAGUUUGACAGCAACCUCCACCUGAAGGCCCAAGUUGACCAGCUGACUGGUAGAAAUGAUGAACUGAGACAGGAAAUGAGAGUCACUCGGGAAGAAACAGCAAGCGCUUUAAAUGAACUCAGCAAAGCUAAAGAAAAGAUCUCUCACUUAGAAAGCGAAUUGGGGGUCCUGAGGAGCACGAGUAAAAGCAGUGCUGUAAUGAGGACACUGGAUCUCCCGGGCAAGAUGACUGCGUCCAGCACGGAAGUCAUCGGGUCUGUGAAUGAGUACGCCAUCAUGCUCCUACAGGAGCUUAAAAACAAGGAAGAUUGCCAUAAGCAACUGGAGGGAGCGCUGGAGGAGUACAAGCGGAAGUUUGCAGUUAUUCGCCAUCAGCAGGGACUGCUGUACAAAGAGCACCAAAGUGAAAAGGAGCGUUGGCAGAGAGAGCGAGAGAAACUUGUGGAAAUGAAGAAUCGGCUUGAGGAGCAGAAAGAGUUGGAUUCUGUGAAAAUAAACGAGUUUAAUCAUUGGCUGCAGGUUCUGGAAAUGGACCCAACAGAAAUCAAAAAGCAGGUCUCAGAAGUGGCUCGGAAAAUGACAGUGUUAUGUGUAAACGAGAAGUCCCUGCUCCGACGCUACACCACCUUGCUGGAGAUGGAGCAGUUCUUGAGGAAAGAAAACAACAAGUUAAAGAAUGACUUCAUGGAAAUGGAGGCCACGGUUAUUGAAAGAAUAGGCUACCUGCAGAGAUACAAGGAUAUGGCUGCAUUCAAAAUAGCAGCCUUACAAAAUGCACUGGACAGUAGUGUACCAUCAUCUGAACUUGAGAGAGCAAACAAACAGUACAGCGAGCUGACAAUCAAAUACAGAGACAUCCUGGAAAAAGACAACCACCUUGUUCAGAGGACAAACAACCUGGAACAUUUAGAGACUGAGAACGUUUCUCUCCGUGAGCAAAUUGGGGCCUUGAACAAAGAACUGGAGAUAACAAAAGAAAAACUUCACACAUUAGAACAGGCCUGGGACUACAUGACUAAAUCAAGUGGGGAGUCCAGUAUGGACAAGGCAGCAAAAUCCAUCACCAACAGUGAGAUCCUGUCCAUCUCCAAGAGGAUCACCAUGCUGGAGAUGAAGGAGUUGAAUGAACGGCAGAGGGCUGAACAUGCACAGCACAUGUAUGAGCAACUGAGGAACUCCUUGAAACAAGUGGAGGAACGCAACUUUGAACUGGAGACCAAAUUCGCUGAGUUGACAAAGCAGAACCUAGAAGCCCAAAAGUUAGAAGAGGAGCUUCGCGACGAGUUGGCCAACAGUGUGAGCAGAGCAGUGAGCGAUGCGGACCGAAGGCGGAUCGCAGAGCUGGAGAGAGCUGAAGCACUGCUGAAAGUUGAAGUCUCAAAGUUAAAGGAAGUGUCAGAUGUGGCAAAGAUGCAAGUGUCCACUCUAGAGACCAGGCAGCAGUCCAGGGAGAAGGAGCUGGAAUCUCUCAGAAAGCAGGUUCUGGAUUAUCAAUCACUAUCUGAUGAGAAUGCCCUCAUCGCCAAGCUCCAUCAGCACAUAGUGGCACUGCAGGUGAGUGAGAGCACAGCGGUGAGCAAACUGGAGGCCGCGGUUCUCCAGGUGCAGAAGCUGGAGGCCCAGAAGUUGCGGUUAGAGCAACAGCUGGAUGACAAGGAACAGGCACUGUACUUUGCCCGCUUGGAGGGGCGCAACCGUGCCCGUCACCUGCGGCAGACAGUGCAGUCGCUGCGCAGGCAGUUUUCUGGUGCCCUGCCAUUGGCCCAGCAGGAGAAGCUUUCACGAACCAUGAUGCAGCUGCAGAAGGACAAGCUGAAGCAGUUGCGAGAUGCUCUGCAGGCAGAGCAGGAGAGGAAGAAGGCGGAGGAGAAGGCUCUGGAGCUGGAGCUUCGACUUAGAGGUCUGGAAGAGCUCACAGCCACCCUGAAGGAUGUGAAAGGAGCGCAGAAGGUGAUUGAGUGGCACAAGAAAAUGGAGGAAGUCCGACUUCAGGAGCUGCGGCACAUCAGAGAGAUCAGCUCCCAGAAGGAGGAGAUAAAAUACUUGAAGAACAUUGUGGCAGAGCAGGAACGCACCAUCAGCGCUUUAGAGGAGGAAAUUGUUCAUCAGUCCAAAUUUCAUGAGGAACACCAGCUGUCCUGGGAUCAGAGGGAGGUAGAAUUGGAGCGGCAACUGGACAUUUAUGAGAAGCAGCGCAAUGAAAUUGUUGGCACAGCCCAAAAGCUUGAGGAGGCUACUGGUUCUGUACCCGACCCCAGCAUGCCUCUUGCUCACCAGCUAGAUGUUGCUCUGGAGAAAAUCAAGGAACACAUCCGUACCAUCCUUGAAACACAAGCAGUUUGCAGAGCUCUUGACCAGAAACUCAAGGAGAAAGAAGCUGCCCUGUGGAAAGCAGAGCAGAAUAUUCUGUCUCGGGACAAGGUGAUAAAUGAGCUGCGACUACGCCUUCCUGCUGUUUCCCAGAGGGAGAUUCUCCUGACUGACCUGGGCAAGCAUGAUGAAGACCAAGAGAACCAGAUGGGUCUGAAGGUGGCCCAUCAAACUAUCAACAACCUGAAGGCCCGGCUCACCCAGAAAGAGGAGGUGCUCAAGAAGUACCAGAGUUUGUUGGCCAGAGCCAGACAGGAGCAAGAAGACAUGACAAAAAAGUAUGAAGAGGAGUUGAGAAAUCUGCAUAAGAAAUUGGAUUUGCAUACUGACUCGUCACUGGACAAGUUCAAGCAGACUGCUCUGGAACUGAUGAAGAAACCCACAAUCAUGGUUCCUACCACGAAACACUUGGUACGCCUUGCUGAGUUGGAGCAGAAUGUGGCAGAACAAGACAGUUCCCUUUCUUCUCUUAGGGAUAAACUGAGAACAGCUAAUGCCGAACUGGAGCAGCAGAAACAGAUUGCUGCUGCCAAGAUCAGCAAUCUCACCAGUGAAAAAGCCAAACUGGAGCAGCUUCAUGGUACCCAGGUGAAGAGGCUGGAACAGGAGGCAGAAGAGCUGCGUGCUCAGUUAUCUCAGAUGGAGAGCGAAGUACGGUGUCUAAGAACAGAGCUGGAGGCCCAGAAAGAAGCCAACAUCAGGUCUCCCACCAACACUAUGAAGAACUUAGUAGAGCGACUCAAAGCCCAGCUUGCCCUUAAAGAAAAACAGCAGAAGGCACUUAGCAAAGCCCUGUUGGAACUUCGCUCAGAAAUGACAGCACAUGCGGAGCAGGAAAUCAUUGCAAGUUCUGCGCAAAAAGAGGAGAGUCUCAACAUCCAGCAGAUUGUCGACAAGCACACCAAGGAUCUGAGGACUCAUGUUCAGGACCUUCAAGAGGAGCUCCAGACCACCAGAGAGAAUCUCAAAGUAGCCAAAACCAGAGAAAUCUCCCUAAAAAAGGAGGUUGAGGGCUUGAACAAGGAUGUGCAGAGAAGCCAAAAAUGUCUGUCCAAAUUGCAGAAUGAGAAGGACCGGCAAGAAGAAGAGAUUGAAGACCUGAAGAAGCGGAUUAAGAGGCUCACCAGUGGCCUGCAGAGUAAAGCUGAGGCUGAAGGAAAGGGUACCGGUGUAGAGGAGCUUCAGAGGAGAAUCAAACGUCUUGAGGCUGAGUUGGAGCAAAGAUCUGGAGUGCAACAAGCUGACCAAAAAACUGUGAGAGAGGACAAAUCAACAAAAGAAGAAAUACUACGUUGGGAAGAGAAUAAAAAGUGGCAGGCAAGAAUGGAGAGCUUGAGGAACAAGCUGAAGGACAAGGAGAAAGAGGCUGAAGCUUUGGCCAAACAACUCAACACUUUGAAGGAGCUCUACAGCAAGUUGGAUCAGGAAAAGCUGGUUUUGCAGAAGAAACUGAAAGGACGGGGUGUGACGGUGGAUCAGGUUGUAGGGACCCGAACACUGGAGUCUGAGAGAGAGAUUGAUGAACUCAAGAGAAGAAAUGCAGAUCUGGAGCAACAAAUUCUGAUAAUAAGACAACAGCAGGCCUUGCCCCGAGAUGCAGCUAUUGAAGAGAUGACUCUCAAAAAUCAAUACUUAGAAGACAGGCUUCUUUCCCUGGAGAGACAGAUGUCCAAGGAACAACCCUCUAGGCCAUCUUGCAUUAAGGAUAGUGGUUUGCUUUCUGCACAUGUGUUUGGUUUGACAUCUACUGAAAGAACACACUAUUUAAUGCAUGAUGUCAGUUCUGAGAGCCCAGAAGCAAAGAGCAUGACAUCAGUAACUAAUGGACAUGUGACUUUAGUAGCACAACAGAAUGGCACAGUAUUGAGCCAGGGUGGUCUGGAGGACUCAAAUGAUGAUUCAAAAACUGAACAGGACAAAACAAAUUAUGGUGGAACUGAAGCCAAGGAAGAAGCUGAAGAGAACUUGCAGAAAACUACACAUAGCCCACCAUUCAACCAAGACUUAGGAGUGACUGAGUCAAACCAGAGCAGUCAAACCAGCUAUAAAGGUAGUGACUUACAUGCUGAUUCAGCUGAUGAUAAAACUGAUAAUUGUGGAUUUGAUGAAGAAACUAUGCUCAAAGAUGGAAAUAUUCAAGAGGUGGCAGGUGUAAAAAUGAUAACCAGAGAGGAGAAAACAGAAGAUUACUGUAUCACAGAACCAGAGGUUGAUGCCACGGCUGCCAUCAGUGAAGAUGCCAAGAACUUAGCCAGAGAACAUGGUAGAGACAUCACAAAGAGUGAGUCUGAACUUCCAGAGAAGGUUCCAGGACAGAUAGCAUCUGAUGCCAUGACACAAGACAAGCAAAUGGAAAAAAACAAGUUCAGAUCUUCUUUUCUUGAGACAUCUGGCAGGGGCUCCAACACAUCAUCACAGAGAGAACACGAGUUGCAGAAAGAGAACCUGAAGUUGUCUGCUGAAAACCUGGAGCUGCGCUUUCAACUAGAGCAGGCCAACCAGGACCUUCCUAGGUUAAAGGACCAGGUAGAAGACCUAAAAGAAAUGUGCAAGGUGCUUAAGGAGGAGAAAAUGGACAUUGAGAGGAAACUAGGCAAUGUCCGUGGGUCCGGGCGAAGCGGUAAGACGAUCCCAGAGCUGGAGAAGACUAUAGCAUUGAUGAAGAAAGUGGUGGAGAGGGUGCAGAGGGAAAAUGAGAGUCUGAAAAUGGGUCCAAGUGCUUUGGCCCAGGAUCGCAUGAAAGCUGUCCAACUUGAAAAUGAAAAAAUCAAGGCAGAAUAUGAAAGACUCAAGACUAGAAUGCAAGAUCAUUUAAACUCUGAAUCGGUGUCGAAAGGAAUGGAGAAGAUUUUUACAGAAAAUGAACGUUUACGCAAGGAGCUGAAGAAGGAGGUCGAGACAGUGGAGAAAUUGAGAAUUACAAAGAGCAACCUGGAAGUCGCCAAUGAGAAGCUGCUGUCCCAGCUGGAAGAGGUCAACCAGAAGCUUGCUUUAGCCCAGGGCAAAGUGUCACAACUGCAGGGGGCCGAUAGCAAGAGCAACAAAUCUCUUGUGAUAACAAGAAUGUUUGAACAUAAAAUGAAAGAACUUGAGAGUGAUAUUGCCCGAAAAAAUAAUAUGGUAUUAGAACUCAAGAAUCAACUCCAAGAAGCUGGUGAAAGGGAGAAAAAGGCAGAACUUGCUAUGAGUGAACUCAAAGAACAGGUCCAACUACUAAAGCAAUUUCCACAGGAAGCUGGGACACAUUCAAGCCUACAAAAGGACUUUGAGGCUUUAAGAUUGAUCAAUUGUCAGCUGGAGAAGGAGAAAGCAGAAUUACUCCAGAAGCUGGGUACAUACAGAGAAAAGAGGGUGCCAACAUCAAGCAGCGUUGCCUGGCCAGGACAAGAGAAACUUCUGGAUGAAACGGCAGACCUGCAGGAGCGGCUGAAGCAGGCAAACAGUGAACGGAGACAGUUGCAGAAUGAAGUCGAAAAGAUGAAGAAAGAGCUGGAAAAUUUUGAUCCCACAUUUUUUGAAGAGAUUGAGGACCUCAAGUUUAACUACAACUUGGAGCUCAAGAAGAACUUGCUUUUAGAAGAGCAACUGAAGAAACUGUCAGAGCAGUUUGGAGUCACAGUCGACAUUCCAACUAAUGUGUCUGUCAGCUAGUGACGAAAAACAACUUUGAAGGUACUGCUGAGGAAUUUUAUGUGUAAUUUUAUAUUUAGCCCUUGUGAAGGAUGGUGCAUGUUUUUGUGGAAGCAUCACAACAACAUCACAAUUACAUUGACUGACUUACAGUAUGACUGAGAAUAGUGUAGAGAAACUGAUAGUCAAAUUUCUCUCCCUUAACUGUAAUAAGGAAGUUUCUUUUAAUUUAUCCUUUGUUUAUUCUUAUAUUAGUAUUCCACA